CUCAGAGUGAAAGGGAAUGGGUGGGGAUGACUUUUCCACUUACUUCACCCAUCACACAAAACAGUGUUAGGCAGACAUGAAGAGAGCAGACUUAUUACAGAGACUGACUCUUGGAAACUAUAAUUACACAAAAUAGUAGGAGUGAAGAAAACAGCCCCUCAUUUUGUCAAUUUUUUUUUUUUUUUUACACACGUGUAAACUGAGUAACUUCUGCAGUCACACAGAUCGGCGAGCAUGGAGUCCAAACACGACUCCAUGUUUCUGUAGGAUUUCAGGCGAAGCAGAUGUGACAGUCUGGAUGUAGGGUCAAGGUGUGACAAGGAGGCGAUGAGCCCGAGUGACUAUAUCCCCCUCUACCACGAGGGCUGUGACCCCGCAGUCAUCCUCGAGCCUACACCAGCAGAGCUGGCUCAGUGUGAGGCUGAAGUGGGCACGCUGCUCAACAUCAUUGCUGAACUGAACAAGAAGAUGGGGUCACUAAAAGCUCCGAGUGAACCAGAUGACACGAGACCGCCGGCUCCAUCCAGGCCUCUGGUUCCAGAUCUUCUGUCUCACCGGCUCGUUAGAAGCAGCCCAGAAAGAAACAGCCCAACAUCUAAACCUCCGCUGAAUGACCAAGGAGGCAGUGGUGUUGUCUGGAGCAAACUGCAGGAGGUCUUAUCAUCAGUGGAGGACUCCAUCAGCUUCAGAAGGACCUGGGCGGCCCCCAUCACAGCUUCUGACCAGGAAAAGCACAGAGAACAUCUGAGAGCAGCUCAAGAGAACUGGGUUAAAGCCAGCCAGAUAUUGGAAGAGAUGGAAAGAGAGUUUGGGAUUUCAUGCCCGUCAACCUUCCCAAGAGACCAGUACCAGGAAGACACGCUGGAUGGGGACAAACAGGAGUCUGCUCUCAGAAGCCCGCCACAGAGCAGCAUCAGCCCGGUGGAAGAGGAGAAGAACAAGCUGGUUGGUCUCCAUAAAGCCUGGAGGUCUGGCGGCCACAUUCCUUCCUACCGGUCCACUGCUGGGGCCCUAAGUCCAGACUGGGCCCCGCCUCCCUAUCCCGGUUCACCUUUACUCCACAGGAGAGCCAACAGAGCUGUGACGCCUCUGACUGUGGGUGGGGAUGGAUCUCCACUGGGAUCAGUUAACUCGGGCAGUCCCUGUCCCAGCCCCCUCAGCCUGGAGUCUGAGACAGAGCGGCUCAACAGAUGCAUCGAGAGGCUGAAGGCCAGAAACGAACGUCUCACUGCAGCUCUGGAGCGAAGGAAAGGAGAGUCGGAGCAGAUCAAUCUCACGCUAAACAGGCUUGAGUCCGACUGCUCGGCCCUGCAGAUGGCUCUCAGAUACUGUGAGGAGUGUGAAGAGGCCUACGGCGAGCUACUGUCGCUUUAUGACGCCAGGAAGCAGCAAAGCAGUCCUCAGCAGAGUGUCUCAGCAGAGCCAAUCGGUGACAGUCAGGACCCAGACAGUCCAUUAGCUCAGCUGAGGAAAAUGGGAACUGAAGAGCUGUCCACCUCCUUCUCAACAGCAGGGGUCACAGAGGAGACGGAAACACCGAGUCACACGGGGCAGAGGACGCCCGAGGAUCGGGAGGCAGCUCUCCGGCAGCAAAUUGAGCGCCUGAAGAGGGACCGCGCAGCCAUUUGCCUCCCUAAGGCAGGUCCGGGAGUAGAGGCCAGACUGAGCCCACCUGGACAAAGAGGGGGUCACAUGACUAAAGACAAACCUGCUGAUAACAAGAAGGAGAAGGCUUCCCUGUUUUAUGAACUGAUCUCAGUCAGGGAGGAGAUGUCAGAUCUGCGAGCUUUAAUCCGCCUCAAGGAGAAAGAGCUGAGGUGUCUGGAGUGGAGUUUAAUGGGGCAGAAGGCUCAGGGAGCAGCUGGAGUCUUCAUCCCAGAAGGUCUCCAAGAGGAGGUGGGGGAUCGUAGGACUGAACAACAGAGGCUCUGUGAGAAUGCAGCGAAGCUCGGUUGUGAAGGGGACGUCGUUGGUUAUAGGACAAGACCCAUCCUGAAAGAGCUGCAGGCGGUCCUGCAGAGGGAGCAAGCCUUGAAGAAGCGGCUGGCUUUGGUCCAUGAGUCACUGAACGCGGCUGUCUCAGACAGUUCCUCCCACAGGAGGGACAAUGCAGAGCAGAUAGCUCGCCUCACACAAGCUCACAGCAAAGCCUUGAGUUCGUACCGUCAGAUACGGAGGAAGUAUCGGGAGCAGGUGUGGCGGCUGGAGCAGAAAUUGGCGGCCUCGAUGGAGAGUCGACACGGCCAGGGCGGAGCUGCAAAAGCUGCAGAGGAAGCCUUGGAGUGGAGGAGGGAAGAGACUGUUUUAUAAGACAUCAAGUCUUCGCUGAAAGCCAUCUCGACAUCCACAUCUUAAUCACAUCAGCUACAUGUACAAAUAUGACGAAUAUAGAUUUCUGCUUUUAUCUAUUUUAUAUUAGGUGCUUAUAUUUUUAGCUUUCUUCUGGCCCUGUAAAGAAUAUCUAUUUAUGUAGUGAUCAUUAAUGACAUCCAGCACUUUCUUUGGCUCUUAGGGGGUAAAAAAUAAAACAUAGAAAACACUGUGAUUUUUACCUUUUCGAUGUUUGUAAGAUUUAUCAAUAAACUGAAUUGGACUCUAAAGCUUCGCGUCUCUAAAAGGAUCCACACGUCACAAGACACAUUGGACAAACAGCUGGGACUCAAAGACUGAGCCCACUGAAGGCCUCAGGACUGAUCUCAACAGUGCACACGUCCAUUUUCCUGUAAAUGCCAACAAGCUGCUCCCAGUCAUCCCUCCUUUUGCGACCGAGCAGGGUUAGUAGUCGACAUAGUAGCGUACCUACUGUGUCAUUUUCUAAGCUUCGCUUCGCACUCAUAUGUCCAAACUUACCUUGUGUAUGGUUAUUGUUCA